AUGGCAAAGAGUAGAAAUUUUGUGUUCGUACUGGUGUGGCUUUCACUGUUGAUAAGUGCCGGUAUACAUCUGUUCUCGAAGGGGUUCUUGCUAACACGCGUAGCGCAGACGAACGUGAGCAGCUGCAUCAAUUACGACCAGUAUCGGUGCGAAAGUGAUGGGAAAAAUGGUUCCACACAGAAGAGCGAAUGCAGCGGAGCGGACAAAGUGUCUUCCAUUCUGCGGGAUGUCGACGUUGCCGCGGGCAUCUGCUUUCCACCGAAGGCCCGCGUCAUUCUGCUCGUAAUCGACGCACUACGGUACGAUUUCGGCCUGUACAAUCCGGACAAUGCGCAUCCGGCACCGUACGAAAACAAUCUACCCAUCCUGUCCGAGUUGUUACGUAAGCAUCCGGAUCAUAGCAGGCGCUUAAAGUUCAUAGCCGAUCCUCCCACCACAACGAUGCAACGGCUAAAAGGCAUAACCACCGGCAGUUUGCCCACGUUCAUCGAUAUCGGAUCCAACUUUGCGUCGCCCGAAAUCAACGAGGACAAUCUGAUCGAUCAGUUGGUACGGGCUAAUCGCACAACGGUUUUCCUCGGUGACAACACCUGGACGGAACUGUUCCCGAACCGGUUUACGCGCGAGUACCCGCAUCCGAGCUUUAACAUAUACGAUCUCGAUACGGUUGACAGUGCCAUCCAGAAGCAACUUCCGCGUGAAAUGGCUCGGAACGAUUGGGAUCUCAUCGUUGCUCACUUUCUCGGUGUGGAUCACUGCGGACAUCGGUACGGUCCGGCGCAUGAUGAAAUGCGACGCAAGUUGAGGGAAAUGAACGACGUCAUCCGGAACGUUAGCGAGCGUAUGGCGGACGGUACAACGCUGCUUGUGAUCGGUGACCAUGGGAUGACGAAAACGGGUGACCACGGUGGUGAGACGGUAGAUGAGGUGGAAUCGUUGCUGUUCGCCUACUCCAAAGGAAGCCCUCUGCUAACUCGCGGAUACGAUGGACAAGUUGAUACGAUGCAACAGAUCGAUCUAGUGCCAACGCUGGCCACGAUGCUCGGUGUCCCCGUACCGUACUCCAACCUUGGCCAGAUUAUGUUCCAACUGCUGCCCGACGUACGUGUCGAUACGUUCCUUCGUUAUCAGCUGGCACUGGUACAUUUGUGGCAGAAUGCCCGCCAAGUUCAAAACUACUUCCAACAGUACGGAGAACCGCGUCCAACCGAUCCCACUGCACCGUUAGAUCCGGAUCAAGACCAAGAGCUGGACGACGAGGAAAACAUGUUCCUGAUGCUGACACAGCGCGUCAACAGCGUUUACACCGAGGCCGCCUUCCAAAGCUUCUCCGGCGAUUUGCGCCAAUAUCUGAAAGGAAUUCUCGACGGCUAUCGGCGCGUCUGGGUCAAGUUCGACCCACAGCUCAUCUCGCACGGUCUACUGAUCACCUUUCUCGGUUGCUUCGCGAUGGCAAUCCUCAUCGUGAACUCGUCCCCCCAUCAGCUGGCCGCCAUGUUUACGGAAGGAACCACAUCGUACGCAUUCCUGCUGGUGUUCUUUGCCGCCCAGACUGGGUACGCGUUCCACGAGCUGUUUGGGCUCAGUUCCGCCCUGCACGGUGUGAUUCUGUUCGGAUCGAUCGCCAGCGUUGCCCUGCUGGCACUGCUGGCGAUGCGCCAUUGGGUGGCGAUCACGGAAAACAUGGCGGCUUGGAAGCGUUCCGCCAACAUAAUAACGCGUGCCUCGUUUGUCUUCACCACGUGUGUGUUCUUUGCGAACAGUUUUAUCGUGCAGGAGCAGAAGAUACUUUCCUACGUGCUGAUGGGAUUCUUCCUGGUGACGCUCUUCAAACUGCACCGGCUGGGUGGUCGAUUCGCCUUCCCGCGAUUACGCUUGAAUGCAUUGCGAAAAUCAACGCUGGCGAAGCUGGUGGCACUGACGCUCUUCGCGCUGAUACUGAUACGAAUCUCCGGAGGAUAUUUCCGAUGUCGGGAGGAGCAGGCAAAUUGUACGGACCAUUUGGUAAAGGUACCGAUCGCAACUUCACCUACGGAGGGACAGCGUAAAAGAGGCACCGAUUCGGACAUCGAAGUGGUGCCGUGUGUGGCGCUCGUGCUGUACAUCGUCUGCACGCGGAUUUACCUGCGAGUGAGCGGAAAUCUGACCGGGACGAGCUUGAACGUACUGCUGGCACGGUACGGUCCCACCGUAGCCGUGGUUUGCACCUGUGCCCACUUUACCGUAUCGAAAACGAGCGUACAGAGCGCCAUUCCGCAGCUACACGUCGAUGCACUGGCGUGGAUCGUUUACGGCCUGUUGCUGGUACAGAUCGGUGUCCUGCUCGGAACGCCCCUGCUACUUUACGUACUUCCGAAGCGCACGGACGUGCUGAAUGUGUUGUACGCCGAACGGGGCAACGUAGCGCCGGAGAUUUAUCGCCAGCUGAAGGAAAACUAUCGCGGACGAUCAUCCGAUGGUGAUGGCUUGCAAGAGAUACCGAUCGUAUGCGGUCUCGGCACGGUAUACUCAUCCGUCUUCAUCGCCGCCGGUACACUACUCACCGUAACGCUGGCCCUACUGCUCGGUUCGCACGGCACGAUGGGGCUAAUACUGGUGAACAGUGUCGCGGUCGCGUACGGCAUUAUCGCCUCCAUCCUGCAGUACGAACAAUCGGCCACCAGUCUGACCGGCUGCAUACAGCCCUCCUUCCCGACCCUUCUCACCUGGGUCAUACUGCAGCAGUACGGGUUCUUUGCGACCGCCCAUCAACCGACACUGUCGCAGAUCGACUGGAAUGCGGCGUUUGUCGGGCGCACGUAUCACUUCGAUGGUAGCAACAUCCUGUCCGGUCUGCUCGUGCUGCUCAACACGUUCUCCGUCACGUUUCUACUGUCGGUGCUGUUUCCGCUGCUCGUGUUCGUACCGUUCUGCGUGUACACCAUGUGGCCAACGUUAGCGCAACGGCCCAUCAUCACACCAAAGACACCGUCGGUAGGUCCAACCACGGCAUCGUCCGCUUCUUCGCAAUCCGUUCGAGCGCCGAAAGGUGAACCGAACAGUAGUACUCUGCGCAAAAUUACCUCCGACGGGGGCAGUGUCGAGUAUCGGAGUGUGACCGUUAAUAAGGCGGAAGAAUCGGCCGAAGUCACAACGGCGGUGGGCGAUUUCGACAUCACCAAGGGUGAGCUGAAUCUGUACGAGAAUGAGAAACUGUUUCUUGGUACGGUUUUCAAAACGGCUUGCCAGCUAAUACUGCUACAAUCUCUCAGGAUAUUCUGUGCCAUGUUUGCCUGCACGUUGCACUGUCGCCAUCUGAUGGUGUGGAAGAUAUUUGCACCCCGGUUCAUCUACGAAGGUAUCGCCAGCUAUGUUAUGUUUGUUGGUGUGAUACUUGGCUUCCUGUUGCUGCUUCGUGUCCAUUGGGCGGUUGGUGCUCUGAUCACGGCGAUCAACAAGCGCCGAUAG